CACUUGCCUGAAGGUAUAGACAAAAUACUGAUUCUCUAUAAACCUGAAAAGGAAAAUAAAAUAAAAACAAAUAAUGGGGAAAUAGAGAAACAAGCAGGAGAAAGCUUCAAUUCAGCUCACAAUCUGAAGACAAAUGUUGAUACUUCUCUUUUCUAGUUUGAUCUUGAUGAUGAACAUUUGGCCUUCAAGAAAAUGCAUGAAUUUUCCGCAGUGGAUGGCUUUGUAGAGAUAACCGAAUCCUUGGCCGAAAUGAUAAAGUUCAUUGCAAACGAGCCCGCGGCCGGGCUUAUCUACAUUCAACAGCAUACCCAGAAUGCAGUGCCUAACCUUAUUAAUCUCAAUAACAAUGUUGAGGAGAAAUCUCGUCAAGUGACUUUGCACACAGCAGAUUCAAAAGAUUCUAUCAUCAUUGUCAGGUCAAUGAAAGAGUCUGGCUUUCCAAUUGCUAAUGAAAUGAUUAAAGAUCUCAGACAUUCUCUAGCUGUCAUGUCCGAGAAGCAGCCGAAAAGAGGAUUUAUGAGUAGACCAAGUUCAAGUUUCCGGAUAGGGAGAAAUAUCUCUUGGAAUCCUGCUACUUGGGGUCAUAAUACAGGUCCAGAACAAGACGGUGAGAGGAAUGCUGGUUAUAUUUCAAACGUUUUCAGGUCGGCAAAAGAAAAGGCUAGUAGCUUCAAGUGGCCUCAGUUGGAGUCUAUAGAAUCUAAACCAGCCAAGAAUGAAGCAUCUUUAUCUAACAAAGAUGAGCAAUCUGCGACCUGUUCUAAUGAUGCGCUGUCAAAGCCAGAUGCCAGCUCUUGCUCGAGAGGACAAAGAUGAAGAGUUUUCGUUGUCAAGUCAAAAUGCCGACGAGCUACAAGAAGUGCAGGUAAAUAAAAGCAUGUCCCUUGAUCAAAUUCUGUCUGUAUCAGAAAAUUAACAAUGAGGAGUUUAGGUUGAAAGAGAAGCAAAAUUUGAAGAGUGGUUGGGAGGAUGGGCAAUCAUAAUGCUGGUCCUGGAGAAGAAGAUAAUUAACAGUAAAGGGCUUUAGCUUGAUAUAGCUUUGAACCUGAAACAAUUCUUUUUCUCUGGAAGGGACUUCACUUGUACCAUGUUUGACGGAUCUUUGUACUAAAACCGGAAAUGUGAAAAUGAGAGAUUAUCACAGUGUUCAAAGGAGAAGGGAAAAAGAAGCUUGAAUCUACAAUUUAUUCUAAUUGUCUUUGUACCUUGAGGAAUCUAUCUUUGUAAAUUGCGUUUAGUUUAUUCUCCGGAUCCUUGUUUGACUGUCAGAUUCAUAGUUCAAAAUGAUAACAACCCUAAAUCCAUAAGCA